AUGCACGGAGUUACAGAUCAUAUCCUAAGAAUCCUGUCCCAGCAUUGGCUGCUUGUAUCAGGGGUCACUUUGCUCCUGUGGCUGGUCAAGAACAGAUACCAAAAUGGGCUGAACAAGUACUCAGGUCCAUUUCUGGCAUCCAUCACAAAUUGGUGGCGUUUCUUCGAUGUCUAUGGUCGCCGGCCUGAAGUCACUCACCGAGCACUGCACAAGAAGUACGGCGAUGUCGUUCGGCUUGGGCCGAAUACCCUCUCAUUCUCCGAUCCAAGUGCUUUGAAGUCCAUCUACGGUUUGAACAAGGGGUUCGUCAAAUCGGACUUCUACAUUGUUCAACAGUCCAUUGCAAAGGGCCACCGUCUACAAUCUCUCUUCAGCUCAACGGAUAAUGACUUCCACUCAAGAUUCCGCAGAUGUGUCAACUCGGCCUUUGCUAUGUCGGCUUUGGUCCAGUAUGAGCCUUUCGUCGAUAACACCACCAAAUUAUUCUUGGAGCAGACGAAGAAGCUCUUCGUUGAUAAUCCUGAAGGAUGUGAUUUUACCCAGUGGUUACAAUUCUAUGCCUUUGAUGUUAUUGGGGAGAUAACAUAUAGCAAGAGGCACGGCUUCAUUGAGAAGAACGAGGAUGUUGAUGGUAUCGUCGGGUACUUGACCUGGCUAUUCCUCUAUGUUGCACCCAUUGGACAAAUUCCUUUCUUGGACCUACUCUUUCUUAAGAACCCUAUCUACCUCAAGCUUUCCCAAUGGGGCUUCAUCGACGCCACAUUCCCCGUUGCACGCUUCGCAAACAAUCGCAUGGCCGAACGUGUGCCAAGCUUGACCAGCGAAAAGCCAGAAUCUCAGGCAGUAAACGUGAAAUCCCCGGACUUGCUCUCCAAAUUCUUGGCAGCCCAUGAAUCCCAUCCCGAAUUUAUGUCUCAAACUCUGGUACAGACGAUGGCUGUCAGUAUGGCAUUUGCCGGUUCUGAAACAACUGCUAUUAGUCUUUCUGCUGUGUUCUACUUCCUACUUAAGCACCCUCAAGCCCUCGCACGUCUCCGAACAGAGAUCGAUGAUGCUGCACUUGCUGGAGCUUUUGGAGACUCCGAGUCUGGCCUUGUAACAUGGCAUGAGAGCCAGGGUCUUCCCUAUCUCGACGCUUGCAUCAAAGAGGCUUUUCGUCUACACCCAGCUGCCGGUCUUCCAUUGGAAAGAAUUGUGCCAGAAGCUGGUGCUGAAAUUUCUGGACAUUUCGUCCCUGGUGGUACUAUCGUUGGCUGCUCGGCUUGGCUUAUCCAUAUGAAUAAGGGUGUCUUUGGUGAAGAUGCGGAGUUUUAUCGACCUGAGCGAUGGCUGCCAAAUGAGGAAGCUGUCAAGACAGAAAUUGGAGAGGCUGCUGAAGAUCGCCGUAUCAAGGAAAUGAAUGGAACUAUGUUCCACUUUGGUAUGGGCUCAAGAACUUGUUUAGGGAAGAAUAUCAGUCUGCUAGAGAUCUACAAGCUGGUUCCCAGCAUGUUGCGGAGAUUUGAGAUUCAAUUUACCGACCCCAACCAAGAGUGGGAAUUGGUUAAUGCUUGGUUCGUGAAGCAGAAGAACUUUACUACGUCUUUCAAGGUUCGAGAAAUUGUCAAUGCAGAGGGUAACAUCGCCGCAUCUUCGUGA